UCCCCAGGGACAUGAGAUUUUUUAGGAAGCAGUAGGAAAGCGGUCUUUAUCCGGAGUACAAAACAGGGCUUUUGGUUUAGAGCUUUUUCACGUACACCAGACAGAACUGAACCAAUCGCCAUGAGCCGUCCGUCCUCAGCGGGCGGCGGGGGCGGAGGACUUGGGGCCGGUAAAGCCGGAGGAGGCAAACACGGAGCUUCAGCGGGAGCCGCGGCUGCCGCCGCUGCUGCAGCCGCCGCGGCCGCGGCAGCAGCGGCCGCUGCCGCCGGAGUGUCAGGAUCUGUGGCCGGCGCUGGCUCAGCCGCCCCGGCUGCUGCCGUUGCCCUGCCCGCUGCCGCGCUGCAGGGUCAAUCGGCCGAACUAACAGCGUUGUUUGAGUGCCCCGUCUGUUUCGACUACGUCCUGCCUCCAAUCUUGCAAUGCCAGGCCGGGCACCUAGUUUGCAACCAGUGUCGGCAAAAGCUGAGUUGUUGCCCGACUUGUCGAGGCCCUCUUACACCGAGCAUCAGAAACUUGGCGAUGGAGAAAGUUGCCUCCACUCUUCCCUUUCCUUGUAAGUAUGCCUCUGCUGGCUGUCUGCUGUCACUGCACCACAGCGAGAAGCCGGAGCACGAGGAGGUGUGUGAGUUCCGGCCCUAUACCUGCCCCUGCCCCGGAGCCUCCUGCAAGUGGCAGGGCUCCCUGGAGGCAGUCAUGCCCCACCUGAUGCACGCCCACAAGUCCAUCACCACGCUGCAGGGCGAGGACAUCGUCUUCCUGGCCACGGACAUCAACCUGCCGGGCGCCGUGGACUGGGUGAUGAUGCAGUCCUGCUUCGGCCACCACUUCAUGCUGGUGCUGGAGAAGCAGGAGAAGUACGAGGGCCACCAGCAGUUCUUCGCCAUCGUGCUGCUCAUCGGCACGCGCAAGCAGGCGGAGAACUUCGCCUACCGCCUGGAGCUCAACGGCAACCGCCGCCGGCUCACCUGGGAGGCCACGCCGCGCUCCAUCCACGACGGCGUGGCCGCCGCCAUCAUGAACAGCGACUGCCUGGUGUUCGACACCUCCAUCGCCCACCUCUUCGCAGACAACGGCAACCUAGGCAUCAACGUCACCAUCUCCAUGUGCUGAGCCGGGCUUGCGGCCCCCCGGCCCCCCCUCACCACGAGCUCCCGCCUCAUCAGGAUGCCGUUUCCCUGUACAGUAGCGUGCUCGGACGGAGAAGGAAGGAGAUUAGAUACAUGUAUUUAUUUAUGUAUAUUUCUUUUCUUUUCUGAAGACAUCUUCAGAGGCUUUCUGAGGCUGGUUUGACCAAAACCCCCCACUCUCAAAACUUGAAUUGAGAUUUCCUCAGUCUGGCAAGGUCUGGACUGGCACACAGAAGAGGUGCUGGGAGCAGGAGAGAUGAGUCUGUUGGCCCUGCUGUGCUGAACGGUGUGGGCCACACCUGAAGUGCUCAGGCAGGAGACAGACGCCGUCUCCUCACCGUUUCCUUGAUCUUAGACCCGUGUCAGGAGGGUGGCGGGACCGAUGCGGGCCAUUCUCACGGCCCCAGUCCGGCGGCUGUGUAAUGAACCUAUACGCGCUCAAGGUGGCGCUGUGAGGGUCUGCAACCCUUGAGGACUUUAUGAAUGCACUUGGGUUGAGCUGGGGUCUGAAAGAGCCGCUGCAGCCUGGAUCGGUCCGAUCGGGCUCAGGCAACACGCGUUUCAGCCCGGGCGAAGAUUUCAUCUGCAGACUGUACCAUAAAGCAUGUGGUACAGUGGCAUUAAGGAAAGGGGUAUGCCGAGCCAUCAGCUGAAC